AACAUUUGUAGCAGUUUUUAAUUUAUCGAAAUUGCAAGGAGAUGGUAAAUGAUAAACACGAAAAGUAACUGCCAAAUGUAGUGUAGACAGAAUGGAAGCUUACCAUGCAAGUAGCAGAGUGCUUACUAAUAUAAAAAAAAAUCAAUUUACCGCAGAUACUUGAGCAUACAAGUAAUAUGAGAACAUAACCUUUAAGUACAAACGCUCUGGCGCUGGCAAUCCUCUGAAAAUAAAAGGUGCACGCACAAACUGUAUUGAUGUCAGAGAUGAGUUCAAAACUGUUCUAUCUAUCAAGCCUUUUCAUUAGAGAAAAAAUUGUUUCAUGCUGAACACGCAGUAAAACAGUGUUACAAAGAUGCGGUAAUGUUUCCAAUGUUCUGGUGGUAUGCUCAAAUCAGCCAAUCGACUUAAUGAAGUGUAUUCACUCGUGUCUAGCCGCGGGAAAUUUAAUUUGAAUUUUAUUGGACACUUAUACAUGUCAGACAUUCGCCAACUCUGUUUUCAAAGGUGCCAAAUUUUCUUUUGAUCGUUUUCGCCAUGCAUUGUUGAGAGACUUGCGGAAGAUGGAUGUUCAACAGCUGUAUCUUCAUCUAGGCUCAAAUGACAUUCUUACGAAUGAAGCGGUGUUUUACCGAGAUGUAGCUGACUUGUGCGAUUGGGUGCAUCAGGAGGCGCACAAUCGGUGUCCAGAAUGCAGGGUUGUUUGCUCCAACGAAGACGCUUUGCUGAGCCGUUUCUGCAGUCGCCACAUCAAGCAACCAGAGACUGGAAAAGAGAGUAAAAUUAAGCUGAUAGGCUCACCAAUGAUUGCAUCUGCUAAUCAUGAACUCAACGAAGUCAGCUCAAGGAAGUGGAAGGCAUGCUUGGAAAAUAGAAGUUUCCAUUAUGAAGGCAAAUUUUAGUACAUUUCAAAUUUGUAAUCAAAUGAAG